GGGGAAAUCCGCGACAGCGCCCGCAGCGCACGAGCCCGCCGCAGCCCCGGCCCCGGCCCCGACCCCGGCCCGACUCGCGCCGCGCGCUACUGUCGCCGCCGCUGCCGCCUCCUUCUCCUCCUCCGCUGCCGCCUCCUCCUCGCAGGAGCAGCGUGAAGCCCCAACCGCCCUCCCUGCCUGCAGCCCCCUCGCUGCGCAGCGACCGGCGCCAUGCCCAAGAAUAAAGGCAAAGGAGGUAAAAAUAGACGGCGAGGUAAGAAUGAGAAUGAAUCAGAAAAAAGAGAACUGGUGUUCAAGGAGGACGGGCAAGAAUAUGCCCAGGUGAUCAAGAUGUUAGGCAAUGGAAGACUGGAGGCAUUAUGUUUUGAUGGUGUGAAGAGGUUAUGUCAUAUCAGAGGGAAACUAAGAAAAAAGGUUUGGAUAAAUACAUCUGAUAUUAUAUUGGUGGGCUUAAGAGACUACCAGGAUAACAAGGCUGAUGUUAUUCUAAAGUACAAUGCAGAUGAAGCUAGAAGUCUGAAAGCAUAUGGGGAGCUUCCAGAACAUGCUAAAAUCAAUGAAACAGACACAUUUGGUCCUGGGGAUGAUGACGAAAUCCAGUUUGAUGAUAUUGGAGAUGAUGAUGAAGAUAUCGAUGACAUCUAAAUUGGAACAAAGAGGUUUACAUUCCAACAGUUUUCCUCCAAGGAUUGUUCUACAUUGAUAUUUCGAUUAUUUUUUGGGUGAAGUCCCUUUCUUUUAAGAAGACUGAAAAUUCUCGGUAAAGAGUGUAGUUUGUUACAUCAAAAGGAUUUAUUUUCAAUGUUUGUUUUAAAGUAUUUAUAUUUCUUUAGAAAUGGAUAAUGCUGGAUUAUCACAAAGGUUAAAUGAAAUGCCACAAAUAUUUUGUUUCUUCACCAAUUAGAGCUUUUACCUCUGGAUGUAAGCGAGAUACAGUGACAUGGGCUGUAAAAGACUGCCUUCUUCCCUCUUCUUUCAUCACUACAAUUCCAGUUAAACUUGUAUUUUGAAAUAAAAAUUGUUUACCCUGUGAUUAUCAUGGAUUUUGAUUAAAUACCCAGUUCAGAUUAGUAUCAGAUCAUACUAUGCAGUGUCUGUCCUUAUACCCCUUGCCUUGAUGUUAACUUUGAAAAGAUUUUGAUAAUAUAAAAGGAAGGCAGAAAUCUGCAUUUAAAUUCAUAAUGUAAGAAUCUGCUUUUCAUGUCUAGUAGCAUGCUGCUAUUUUUAUACUGAUUUUGAUAAUUAACACUCAUUAUUUCAGAGAUAUAAAUUUGCCACAGAGGAGUGGUAGGGGGAAAGUGAAGAUAAGAAGUAAGCAGCAUCUCAAAUUUUCAGUUGUUAAAAAUAUCUUGUAUGCAUAGCUUUUCUGUAUUUUGAGUACAGUAGCUAAGCUGUAGUUGCAGAAGACGAACACUGGGUGGCACCCAACUUAAGAGACACCUUAAUGCAAAAGGUUAACAGUUGGUUUUGUACUGAAACAUACAUAAAAUAGUUUUUCCCCAGAGUGAAUGCUUAACAAUCUUGAUAUGUUAAACAUGUAGAAUAUUUUUACAUUAUAGAAAAGGUUAUGUUAAAAGUAGAGUUUUAUUUUAAUCUUUAAUUCCAUACAUUGUAAGGUACAACAUUAAAGUUUAUGUGAAUUCUGAAUAACAAUAUGAAUGAGAAAUUGAAUUUGUGUCAAAUUUAGGAAAAGGAUCUUUUCAUCCAGAAUUAAUCACUGAAACAAGCUAAUGGAAAGAUUGUUCUCCAGCUUCUGACUGGAGGAGUCAGUUAACAAGUUGAAUAAAGACUAACAUCAUUGUGCAAAUAUUUUGUGGCAGCCUUAGUUUCUAUUUCUUUAAUUAUGUAUUUAACAACUCUGAAGACAGGUUAAUAGAAAACUAUUUUGUGCCAUAAAAAUCUGAUUCUUGACACUUGUAUUGAUUAUACAGUCUUUUCGUACGAUGUAAAGUGACUCCCCCAAUAGAUAAAAACAAAAUGGCUUUAAA